GCGGGACCUGAGCCGAGCCGAGUUGAGCCGAACCGAGCGGAGGCUCAGGAUCCGGGUGGAAGGCACCCCAGACUUGUGGGUGACGUCCCCGUGGGUUUCGCGCAGUGACAGAUCGCGUCCUUUUCCCAACCGCCCGGCGGGCACCCCCGCCCUCGACUCCGCGCCCCAUAGUCGGUCGCCACGCUUCUUUAGCGCCUAGUUGUUUAUUUCUCGCAGCCCGACUCAACCUCCUCCGCCCCGGAAGUGAUGUCAUCGUGCCGCAAACGCGGCGGCCAGGGCGUCGCCAUCUUUUCGAAGGGUGUUGCCCCCGCAGGGUCACACUAUUCCCGACGCUGUUUGCGCCAUGUUGCUUCUGGGCGGAAGUAGCUCUGCUAGCGCUUAGUCUCUUUAAAGGAACCGCAGCCUCUGCUGCCUUGUGGCUCCCCAAGGGAUUUGAGAACUGUGUGGGGAACUCAAGUCCCUGGCUUGGAGCCAUUUUCUGGCCCAGGCUGUCUGUCCUUCUCCUCUGCCCCUGGAGGGGCAGUCUGCAGUGCUGGUGGAUCUGAGAGGCAUGUUGAGGAGGGCAGCAGCCAUCUCAGUGCACCUGGUGGGGCCGUUCUGGGGAAGGAAGGCAGGAGCCUCACUCACCCGGUGUUUGCACCAGACUCUCACCAUGGCCAAACAGCUGCCAGCCAGAAGACUGGAUGGAAUCGACCACAACCCCUGGGUGGAGUUUAUCAAACUGUCCAAUGAGUAUGACGUCGUGAACUUGGGUCAGGGUUUCCCUGACUUCUCACCUCCAGACUUUGCGGUGAAAGCCUUCCAACAAGCCACCAGCGGGGACUUCAUGCUCAACCAGUACACCAUGGCCUUUGGUUAUCCACCACUGACAAAACUUCUGGCAAGUUUCUUUGGCAAGCUUCUGGGACAGGAGUUGGACCCCUUCAAGAAUGUGCUGGUGACAGUGGGCGCAUAUGGGGCCCUGUUCACAGCCUUCCAGGCCCUGGUGGACAAAGGAGAUGAGGUCAUCAUCAUCGAACCUGCUUUUGACUGUUAUGAACCCAUGACGCUGAUGGCUGGGGGUCGCCCUGUGUUUGUGUCCCUGAAGCCGAACCCUGCUCCUAAGGGGCAACUGGACACUAGCAGUGACUGGCAGCUUGACCCCACAGAACUGGCCAGCAAGUUCACAUCUCGCACCAAGGCCUUGGUCCUCAACACACCCAACAACCCCCUGGGAAAGGUGUUCUCCAAGGCAGAGUUGGAGCUGGUGGCUGGCCUGUGCCAGCAGCAUGACACCGUGUGCAUCGCUGAUGAGGUCUACCAGUGGCUGGUCUACGACGGGCAUCAGCACGUCAGCAUUGCCAGCCUCCCUGGUAUGUGGGGACGAACCCUGACCAUCGGCAGCGCAGGCAAAAGCUUUAGUGCCACGGGCUGGAAGGUGGGCUGGGUCCUGGGUCCGGAUAACAUCAUGAAGCACCUGAGGACUGUGCACCAAAACUCUGUCUUCCAUUGUCCCACCCAGGCCCAGGCUGCGGUAGCGCAGUGCUUUGAGCAGGAGCAGCAACACUUCGGCCAGCCCAGCAGCUACUUCCUGCAGUUUCCACAGGCCAUGCAGCUCAACCGAGACCACAUGAUCCACAGCCUGCAGUCGGUGGGCCUCAAGCCCUUGACCCCCCAGGGCAGCUACUUCCUCAUUGUAGAUAUCUCAGACUUCAAGAGCACAAUGCCCAGCCUGCCUGGUGCUGUGGAUGAGCCCUAUGACAGGCGCUUUGCCAAGUGGAUGAUCAAGAAUAAGGGCCUGGUAGCCAUCCCAGUCUCCAUCUUCUUCAGUCGACCCCAUCAGAAGGAUUUUGACCACUACCUCCGCUUCUGUUUUGUGAAGGAUGAGGCCACGCUCCAAGCCAUGGACGAGAGGCUGCAGAAGUGGAAAGCAGAGCUCCAGCCCUGAGGGCCCCCUCAGCCUGCCCCUCUCCAGUCCUGCACAUCAAAGACUCAUCCAUGCCUUGUCACCAGGAUGGCACUGGGGUGGACCCUGCUCUGUGACUUAGUGUACUCCCAGCGAAGAGCCCAAUGUUUGAGAGUUUCAGCAAUCCUUUCCCACAGUGUCUGGACUCCUGUCUUCAGGCCUCCCUGUCCUCUAUAGAUCAGUGUAGGGUCUUGGACCUUCUUGGCUUUUCUGACUACCUGGGUCAGUAAGGGGCAGAGUAUCAGGCUGGAGUCCAGUCCCAUCCCCACCUUGGGCCUCAGAGACUCUGGGGUGGACCUUGGGACAUUGCUUCCAACUGAUUCCUUUUGCUCCUAAUAAAGUUUUAAGUUAUUAGAACUCUGAA